AUGGUGGCGCAGCGUCUAGAUUCCAAGUUAAGAGAUUACCUGAAAAACACGCGAAACAAUCUCUUUGCCGAGGCAGCCAGUAACAGCAUGUCCUUCCAAAGACCAGUGCUUAUCAUUUUGGACCGCAAUUUGGAUCUGCCCAGUCUUCUGCACCACACGUGGACGUACCAACCACUCAUCUCUGAUCUGCUAGGACUCACCUCCAACCGGGUGGUAGUACAG